AUCAUCACGAAUUUCGCGAUGUUUUCACAAUGUUUCGCUGAAAAUAUAUGAAAAACCAUACGAAAUUAUGGAGUUUGCGAUAUGUGCUACAAGUCUGUUAUAAUUCCUUAGCUGAAUCUCCUAAAAAAUUCCAAGUUCUGGCCGAACCAAGGAAAAUUUGCAAAGAGCCAUGGCGAAAAACGCUGCGCGCGCCUUAUAGGCUUUAUAUAAGCUCUGUCCCGGAGCCCUGCCGUAGUUUUCACGCGACCACCGGGUUGUGUGCACGUUCCAAAAUGGCGUCCCUCGCAGUGUUUGAUUUCGACCGUACUAUAGUCGACAACGACUCAGAUGCGGUGGUGAUAGACAAAUUGAGAGAAAAACAGCCUCCGCCGGAAUUUGAAGCUGAGAACUGCGAUUGGACGCCGUACAUGAGCGAUGUAUUCCAACACGCAUACUCCGCCGGUCUUCGGGAGUCCGACGUCCUCAGUGCCAUAGCCUCUAUGAAACCUACCCCCGGCUGCAUACACAUGAUGAAAACUCUACAUAAAGCUGGGUGGCAUAUAGUGUUGCUCACUGACGCUAACACAGUAUUUGUGAACCAUUGGUUAUCUACACAUCAGUUAGAGGACUGCGUAACAGCUGUGAUCACCAACCGCGCCUUCUGGGACCAAGGCCGGUUAUACAUCGAGCCUUGCAUGCGCCAGACCGCGUGCUCCAGAUGUCCCACCAACCUGUGCAAGAGUCUUGCACUGGCGCAGUGGUGCGCAAGACAUCAGUACGCGAAUAUAUGUUAUGCUGGAGAUGGAAGAAAUGACUAUUGUCCAGCUACCAACUUACCUGCUCAUGCAACGGUCUUCCCCCGCCGUGGUUACCCCCUAGACGACCUAAUAAAGAAGACCCUCGCCUCCCCCACCCCCCACGUGGUAGCCAAGGUGGUACCGUGGGACUCAUGUGAUACUAUCUUGGCUGAACUCAUCCAGAGUUAGGCUAGCUUAGGUUAUUGAGUCGCAUAGCGUCACUACUUUUAAAAAAUCUCGUAUCUCACGCUGUUCCUCAAAGUUAAAACGCAGUAAGUCUAUAUGCAUUCCAUACAUACUUACUACAAUUUUCUUUUCAUUGACAGGCGAAGAUACAAGUUUUUUUAAAAGUAGUGACGAUAGGCAAUAUUGUCCACUUACGCGGGGCAUGCUUUUCUCAAAAUAUUGUAUUCAAUUAUAAGUAUACGAAAAUAAUAUACACGACGCUUUUUAGAUCUGCUUAUUUAAAUUUAGAAAUUAAAUCAUUUUUAUGUGACGCAAUACUAUAAGUAGAUCAAUGUUGCAAGAUAAAAUAAAAAAAUUACGUUGAAGUCUGUCAAACAACUCGCGUCACUAGAAAAACGCAGCAUCUUUAAAAAAUAUAGCCUCGAAGCUUUAUCUUCCCAUGAAAAAUUUCAUUUCGCGCCAUUUUCUGGUGACAAUCUUUUUUGACCGUCUACAAUUUGAAAACUAUAGUCUGUCAAGCUAUUUACGUCACUAGAAAAGGGCCGCAAAUAAAAAAAAAAUUAUGUUCGAAUAUUAUUGCUCCAUUAAAAAAUUGUUUGAAUUUUUUUCUAGUGAGAAACUUGUCUGACCGAUUAUAAUUCAAUAUCGAAAUAAACAAUAAUAGGGAUGACGACCACAUAAAAAAAUGGCAUUCUGUUUAGUCCGUCAGUUAGAUCGUCCAAAAAUAUGAAACACGUGUUUUUCACUUUUUCUAAUUAAUAAAAAAGUACAAAGAUAUAGAGCAUCAAAGUUCCGGAGUGGGGGCUUGUGACGUCACUUCUAACUAAAAAUUGUACCUAGGCGUGACGUCACGCGAAACUUCAACGUACUGUACCGUCGUGAUUUUUCGUUUAUGAGAAAAAAGAAAAAAAAAAUGUGUCCAAAAUUCUUUGAUAAUCUAACUGACGGACUAAUUAGUUUUUUUUAGCUGUCUCGCCUAUUUUAUUUAUAUUUUAAUUAAGUAUUAUUUAAUUUAUACGUCCAUCUAGAAUAAUAACGAAAAUAAUUUAUUUUGUUAAAAACACAUUCAUCUUAUGAGCAGUUGUGAUUAAAUGUUAUCUACCUCGUUC